CGUCACUUCAGCGGAAAUUCAAAAUCUCACCCGCCAUGAUUGUUAUGUUUUUAGGCUGAACUGUUUCCGUCCGUUGUACAGCGAGUGUUUUUAACAGAAGACUUUUUUUUUCAUAAGAGCUUGUUAGAAAAGGACAAGGUAAGACGGAUAACAUGGAGUCUCGAUUUGCUCACCUGCGCCAGCGGGACACCACUGUGUCUAUGCUGAGGGUAAAAAUGUCCCGCAGAAGGUCUCAGUCCCUGAAGGAGAAUCGAGAACGGGCCGUGAACACACGCAGGCAGCUAGACAAGCUCCCGGAGCUGGAGAUCUCUUCCCUGGAUGCCUCCAUCGCGAUGGCCAACAUGUCAACCAUUCAUGAGAAGAAGCAGAACAAUACAAAACUUGCUAAAAAUGUAGCAGGAGAAGAGAGACUGAAACAGCUUGAGCGCUGGAAAGAGCGCAAAGCUCUUGAGAAAGAGAAGGAAAAGAGAGAGAAAGAGCGUAAAGGGAUAUUUAAAACUGGCCUGUACCAUCCAAAGGACACCGUUACUUUUGUGUCUUUGCCUGUGGUCCCAGCUGCCCCGAAGAGGGCAAAGGAGGCUAAAGUAAACACAGCUACAUCCCAGAGUACCAGAGUCACCCGUUCAAUGAAACAACAGCAGCAGCAAGUGCAGCAGCCUCUGAAGACACAUGACCCAAAUACUGUGGCAAAGAAAGCUCAGCCUGCUGUGGAAAGAUCAACCAGGACCCGGGCAGCUCCUGUUAAGCCUGCACCAGUUACAACCAAGUCCAAAGUUUGUGCUGUCGAGCCUGUCGUACGAGCUUUGUCGACCAGAUCAGCCAACAGGCCUCCUGUUACAGCAGUUCCUGUGGUGAAAGACAAACCAAAGGACAAGGCUGCAGAUGUAAGAACCACAAGGAGUAGAGCCAUUGUCAACCCUUUGGCACCCCCCUCUGAUGGAGAAAGAAACUGCAAAGCAACGGUCAGUGACACAGCCCAGCCUCCUGUCCCCAAGGAUCCUGAGAUACAGGAGCCAGAGGAAAAACUUCAUCCUCCCAGCACGACACCUUGUUCUGAGGAGGAAGACAUGGUGGUGGAUCAAGCUCCAGCUGACUCUGUCCCUGCUGUGGAACCUGCUGAGGCUCCAUCCUCUUUAAAUUCUUUCGCUCCGGAAGGUUUUGUCUUCCAGGCUCCGGUUGGCUUGUUGUCUUUCAAGUUCGAGCCUCUCACCCCUCGCUCAUCAGAUGCCUUCCUUACACCAAGCUCCAGCUUCAGUCUUCCACCUGCUCCCAUGUUCAGUGUAGAGCCUCAGGCUGAACGAAGCGAACCCUCUCCCCCUAAAUCCCCUCGCCGCUCCCCACCUCGUACAUCUCCCACAGUGAUUCCUCCAGCUUCAGACAGCCCCCUGGAAUCAAAGCACGAUGUACCGUACUUCAGAUCGGAAGUUGCUAAUGAGACAGACAGACUCAGUACUCUGUGUGUGCAGUGGGAGUCUAAAGUGGAAGAUGAGUCCAUCCCAGAAGAAAUGAGAGACCGUAUGCGUACAGCAGUUGGCCAAGCGAGGCUGCUAAUGAAAGAGCGUUUUAACCAGUUCAGUGGUCUGGUGGAUGACUGCGAGCUGGGCAGAGGGGAGAAGAUCACUACCUGCACUGACCUGCAGGGAUUCUGGGACAUGGUUUAUUACCAGGUAGAGGACGUCAACAAGAAGUUUGACGCUCUGAAAGAAGCAGAGGGCCGAGGGUGGGUGGAGGAGCACAAGCCCCCACCACGACAGAGGAAAGUAGUGAAGAAACCAUCAGCUGCACCUGCCAAGCCGACAGGAACCAAGGCAGCAGCCAAGUCUCGCCUGGCUGCCGUGAAAGCAGCCAUGAAAGCCCGACAGCAGGCAGCGGAGGCAGAAAAAGCUGCAAAGGAUGCUGGUAAAAGUGAGGAUGACCCCAGCCUGAACUCUCAGGAAGCUCCAGCACAGGCCCAUAUGCCAGACACAGUGGUCUUUGAUGGAGGUUUCUUCCAGGUAGAGAGCCCUGCAAAAACAUCAGGUUCAGUGAGGAAAUCCAGUCGUCUGAGUGCUGCUGUGCUGCCUCAGGCCUCUCCCUGCUCCAACUAUCUCACACCUAGAAGAGUCACCCGACGAUCCCUCGCGUUGUCACAGACCCCCGCUCAGACAGUCGCCUCUCCCGCUCAGCCCGCCCUCACUCCUGCCCACCUGCGUCUUACCCUCAACCAAACCCCAAAGUCUCAGCAUGGCAUUCCUCAGCCAUCCCAGAAGAGAGAGGACACUGUGAAUGUCUCUCUUUGUUUCUCACCUGUCAAGGAAGUGCUCUCAGACGAUGCCCAGCCUCAGGGAAGCCCCGCACAACAGACAGGAACAGUCUCUACACAGGAAAACCCUGCCACUGUUUCUGAACUGAGCACAGCCCCACCCGUACAUUCACUUCCAUCCAUUUCUGUAAUCGAGGAGCAAGACGAGCCAGCUGAAGCUGUCAAUAUUGACCUCCCUGUCUCUCCAAGACUCUCCCUCUCCCCAUGCAAAUCACCUCCUGCCGUCUCCAAGGCCCCAGAGCCCUCAUCAGCUCUGAGUUUCACACUAUCUCCCUGUACGACUCCCAGCCAGCCCCUCACCUCCUUCUCUCCCGCUGUGCAGGGCCACACUGAGGCCCGAGAGUCUAUGUGUUGUACACCAGACAGCUCAGUUGUUGAGGAAAUUCCCGGGUUGGACUUUGAGCGUUACCUCCAGCCAUCACAGAGAUGCAGCCUGUCGCCUAGGGAGACAGUUGCCAUAGACACGCUGUCACCCAUGGCAGUAGAUGUUGAGAUGGAAAGUCCCAGAGGUCAAUCUGAGGAUCUGCUGACUCAACAAGAACCAGCACUGCCAGCGGUGCCUUCACUGUUAUCUCCUCGGUCACCACAGGUCCAGACAGCAGAGUCGGCCCUGCUUCUUUUCACCCCGGACCUGAAGGACCGGAUACGCCAGUCUGUUUGUCCGAGUGACCUCAUGGUCUUCACCCCUCCCCACUAACAUAUAGCAGAGAGUUUUUUUUUCUUUUUAUUGAACAGUUAUAUUACUUCCUUUGAAAAAAAAAUGUAUCUGAGUGAUUUUUACAUUUAUUUUUAGAUUACUGGAAAAUAGUUUUGUCUUUCAAGAUGGUUUAAUUAAAGAUUUAGUUACAACAAGGAAAUAGCCACCUCUCUUCACUUACACCCAGCACAAAUCAGCAGUACACUCAGUGCUGUAUACCAAUUUAUUUGAAGGCUCCAGGCAUUUUGUUUCUGUUUGACUACAGCACAACUGUUUUCAUCCUGUGUUCAUCGGAUCUCUCUGCUGCUCACAUUAUCACUGCAUCUUUAUCUCCAGCUGUCAUUCAUUGGCCUGUUGAUGCUCCUUCUCCCUGUAACAGCACAGUACAGCUGAGCACUUUGCAUGUUUAUGGAACAAAAAUGUAGCGAGGUGAGUAAAUGAUGUAAAGAUGA